UAAACAAAACAAAACUCAGAGCUCCGUUUCAGUUCCCGGGUCACCCGAUAACCCGAAUUCUUAACCCGGUUUCGUUCCUUCGUUCUCGUUAAAAAUUUAUCUCCGAGAAGAUGAAGGUUUCUACUUUCUAAAGAUUUUUUGAUUUGGAGCUUCAAAUACAGAUUCCAUUUUUACACGAAGAAGAAGACGUUCAGCCAUUGAUGGUCUAUUUAUAGGCUUAGACACAGAGCCGAACCCCACUCGUGCCGGCGUCCUAAAUAGACCAAUCCUUCCUUCCAUAGAGCAAAACAUAAAUCUUCCAGUCAACUUUUUUGUUGUUUCUCAGAUAUCGAAAAAAUAAAAGGGGCUGAAAAGGCAGAGAUAAACACAAACACAAAAAUAAGAGAGGGGCAAAGAUGUUUUCUUGUAUAGCUUGUACCAAAGCAGACGGAGGUGAAGAAGUUGAACAUGGAGCGCGUGGAGGCACCACUCCCAAUACUAAAGAAGCCGUCAAAAGCCUAACCAUACAGAUCAAAGAUAUGGCUUUAAAAUUCUCUGGUGCUUAUAAACAAUGCAAGCCAUGCACUGGUUCCUCUAGCAGCCCCUUAAAGAAAGGACUUAGACAUUUCCCGGAUUAUGAUAAUGCUUCUGAAGGUGUUCCAUAUCCUUACAUGGGUGGAAGUGCGGGUUCAACUCCUGCUUGGGACUUCACAAACUCCUCUCACCAUCCAGCUGGACGGUCGGACUCAAAAUUUACAUCAAUCUAUGGAAAUGAUCGGGAAUCUAUCUCUGCACAGUCUUGUGAUGUGGUACUGGACGAUGAAGGGCCUAAAGAGUGGAUGGCUCAAGUAGAACCUGGUGUUCAUAUCACAUUCGCUUCGCUUCCUACUGGAGGAAACGAUCUCAAACGGAUCCGCUUCAGCCGGGAGAUGUUUGAUAAGUGGCAAGCACAACGGUGGUGGGGUGAGAACUAUGACAAGAUCGUUGAGCUUUAUAAUGUACAAAGAUUUAACCGGCAAGCUCUACAAACGCCUGCAAGAUCCGAAGAUCAGUCACAGAGAGAUUCAACUUACUCAAAGAUGGAUUCAGCGAGAGAAAGCAAAGACUGGACUCCAAGACACAACUUCAGGCCACCAGGAAAUGUCCCGCAUCACUUCUAUGGCGGUUCUAGCAACUAUGGACCAGGAAGUUAUCAUGGAGGAGGACCUCCAAUGGAUGCAGCACGAACCACCACUUCUUCAAGAGAUGAUCCACCCUCCAUGAGCAAUGCUAGUGAAAUGCAGGCUGAGUGGAUCGAAGAGGACGAGCCCGGUGUUUACAUUACCAUCAGACAAUUAGCAGAUGGGACAAGAGAGCUACGUCGAGUCAGAUUCAGCCGGGAACGAUUUGGGGAAGUGCAUGCAAAGACAUGGUGGGAGCAGAACAGAGAGAGAAUACAAACACAGUACCUCUAAGAUAAAAGAAACAUUAUGGUCUCUCUCUACCAAAUCUUUGAUUAAUUAAAUCUCUGUCACACAACAAUACAGCUAUACACAUUUUGCUAAUCUUUUGUUCAUCUUAAUUAGCUUAACAUCUAUACAUAAAUCAAAUGUUUUGAACCAUCAUCUGUAAUCAGAGCUGACUACAUAUACUA